ACACAUGCUACUACAACUAAGGGUGGCCGAGAAGGCCUAGCAUGGGGAGAAGUUGCAGGAAAAAAGUCCUUCAUCAACGCCAGUAGUACAAGCCCCACGACUUCGGAGACCAUCAAUUCAAUUGACAAUUUCUGGCGACGGAAAUGGCAGCAUUCCAUGAGAAAGGUACUCAGUCUACCAGAUGCCACGCAGGCAAAGAAGAGAGCACAGGUGAUAGCGAAACUGGUUUCGAGCGAGUCUCGCUACGUGGGUGACCUGUUGGUCCUGUCUGACCAGUACUACCAACAGGUUAAACUGGCCAUCACGGCUGGUCUCAUCCCUCUACCCACCGUCCUUCUGGAUACCAUCUUCCUCAACUGUGAGACCCUCCUGUCGUUCCACCGACUGUUUCUGGAGCAGCUGAAGGAGGCGGAGUCUCGACCGGAGCAGCUGGUGGGGGCCAUCAUGGCGAGCUGCAUCCAUCAGAUGAAGAUGUACUGCGAGUUCAUCCGCAACCACAAGCGGAGCCUCCUGGCCCUGGAGGACUGUCUCUCCAGUCCUUCAUUCACAGCAUUCAUGGAGAACUACCAUUGGUCACAUGACUGCGAGGCCCAGCAGCUCAAACAACUACUGUAUGCUCCAACUACAAGGUUGGCUAUCUACCUAUCGUUCAUAGAGGAGAUCCUACGACACACGAAUGACGAGCACAUUGACCACCGACCACUGAAAGUUUCCCUCCACAGACUGCAAGUCAUCAGACAGGAGAUACCUCGGAAUCGCAGUAAUCUUGAGGAGAGGGAGCGAAUGUUGGACAUCAUUGCUGGUGUUGGUCCCCGUGGCUUUCUUCUCACCGAGCCUGACUGCAACCUCAUCCUUGAAGGAGACAUGUUUCUGCCGCCAACAACAAAGUGGGGUUCUUCGAAACAUCGACCAAUCCACUGCUUCCUCUAUUCCAACGCUCUCGUUGUCAUCGCUCCUGAGAAGAAGGCGAAGUACCAGAGCCAAAUGUUUCCAUUGGCCGGGGCAAGUGUCUAUGAACAUGUGUCGAAAAAUGGAGAUGUCACUAUUGCCAGAGACCCAGAUCUCGAGAUGAAAGCGCUGAAGACCUAUUCUCCAGAUGGGCCCAGAAAUGGAGUCAUCAUCAUCUUCUCGACCCAGAGUGCUAAAAGCCUCUGGCUUGCCAAAAUAUCAGAGACAAUCAUGCACUGCACCUUUGACCCUGACAGUUCCCGGACUCCAUCUCCACCAAUCGUGCGGCGAGCGGCGUCUGUUCUCGCUCUCAACAUUUCCUCGUCCGGACCUCCCCUCUCCCCCCUCCCUCUCUCCACUCCCACCCUCCCCUCCUCCCCUGUCUCUCCCUCCAGUUCACGCCCCAAUUCCCUCCAUAAUGGGAGGGGCUCCCCACUCCAGCAGGUCAACCCUCUCUCUCAGCCGUCGUCGCACUCUCCGCAGCCUCCUCCGGAGAUGUUCCCGAGGUCAAACUCCAUGGUGACCCUUUUGACCCCCACCAGGGGAAUUCCCCCUUUCAUCGUUCAGAAGCCACACGUGUACUCCCUCCCCACCCUCUUCUCAAAGCUGGCCAAUCCUCCCAGUCCCCACUUCCCCUCCAUCUUCCUCCUCACCUACCGCUUGUUCACCAACGCACACGAAGUGCUGGACUCUCUCAUAGAGGGGCAUCAGCAGGAGAUGAACAAACGACGCCGACGAGACGCCGCAGUUUCUGCCUUCUCCUUGAGAUUUUUCAACACGCUCAAAAUGUGGGCCAGCAAGUACUAUGUGGAUUUCCACCACGACGUGACGUUGAAGCGAGUUCUGGUGGUGUACCUGAACGACAUCAAGAAACACCGCUUCAUACAUGAAAAGGAGUGUGAACUAGUGGAGUCCAUCCUUAGACUGGUGAAUCAGAGAGGACACAUCCCACUCAGUAGGAAGAGCAAACUAAAGCUCCAGAUCCCCAAGUCUCAGAGAAGCACUCCGACCUCUCUGAUGGAGGUCAGUGCGUCGGACGUUGCCACACAGCUGACGUGGGUGGAACACAUGCUCUACUCCAGAAUCAAGCCCUAUGAGCUACUGCAGCAGAAAUGGACCAAGAAGAACCGCAACGAACUCGCUCCAAACAUCUGCUACGUCAUCACUCACUUCAACCAGAUGACGCUGUGGGUGACAAAGGAGAUUCUGACGCAGGAGAACAUAAAGCAGCGCUGUGCCAUCAUCCAACGCAUGCUCGACAUCUGCAAGAUAUGCCUCAAACUGAACAACUAUGUCACCGUCUUCCAGAUCACGUCCGCCCUGAUAUCCACUCCGGUCCAACGUCUCCGCAAGACCUGGGACCAUCUUCCCCUCAGCGCGAUAGAGCAGAUGGUGGAGUUCAAGAGACUCUGCAGUGUGGACGGAGUGUCAAGAGUGUAUCGAGAGAAGCAGAGAGGAAUUCCGGCACCUAGUAUUCCCUACAUGGGUCCCUACCUCAACCAACUCAUCACAAUUGAGGUCGGCAUGCAGACGUUUGUCAAAGAUCCCCCUGAACAUGUCAAUUUCACUAAGCUCGAGCGGCUUGCCGCUGUCAUUGAAGAGGUCACCAGGUUCCAGAAUCCAAUGUAUAGCCUCGAGCCAGAUGGAGCAGUGCUGGCCUAUCUGGACAGUACACUGGAAGCUGCAACAAGUUUCGAUGAAGAACAGCAGUACUCACUGUCAAUGGUCAUUGAACCCAAGCAAGAACGAAGGGGCAGCAAAGCCAGAAUCCUCUGAACUAACUACACACCAAUCUUUAGCUCUCAACCUCCAUUCUUUAGAACCCCUUUGUGUGAAAACUAUAAAGUAUCUUCACUUUUUACUAAGUUCAGUGCAAUCUUCAAUACGAUCAUGCAAGUAAUCUUGUCACAAUUUGAAAAAAUUAUGAUGAAAAACAGGUCAUGACAGGGAUAAAAGAUAGGCAAUAAUAGAAGGGCACCAAUUGGAGCUGUGGUGGCUUUGAGAAAAGCCGUUUGAGAGAAAAAAGAAAAGAAGAAAGUCCGAGCGGAGGCGAGUUACUUGCUGCUGGUGUACUUGGUCACAGCCUUGGUCCCUUCACUGACGGCGUGCUUGCUCAGUUCUCCGGGCAAGUGGAGACGGACGGCCGUCUGGAUCUCGCGGCUGGUGAUCGUGUGUUUCUUGUUGUAGUGAGCCAGUCGGGAAGCCUCGGUGGCGAUCCGCUCGAAGAUGUCGUUGACGAACGAGUUCAUGAUGCUCAUGGCCUUGCUGGAGAUGCCCGUGUCGGGGUGAACCUGCUUCAGGACCUUGUAGAUGUAGAUGGAAUAGCUCUCUUUGCGGUUCUUUCUCCUCUUCUUCUCCCCCGUGGGCUUGGACUUGACGGCCGCCGCCUUCUUCUCGCCUUUCUUGGAUGCUACCUUGCCAGGCAUGGUCGAUAAAACGUUCAGUCUUCGAGUCUGAGGAGAAACAGUGAAGAUUCGGAUGAAGGAACGGAGGGAGUGAAUUGCUUUAUGUGAGAGCGGAGGAUCACUUUGAGGAGGAUCAAAACGCGACCGACCAAUCAGAUUUCAGAGGAGCGCGGAUCGCUCACACGAUAGUCCGAGGUGGUCCGGUUGUCCCGGCGCGUUCUGA